CUCUCUGCUAAAUCGGUUAAUUUCCAUGUUAAUGACUUGUGUGAACCUCAUUGGGUUAACUCCUCCCAAGUUCUUCUUCCAUACCCAUAUGUUGUGUUGUGCACUUUAGGUGUUUGACGAUUUGUCUAUGAGAAGUUGAGAAGAUUUUUUGAGCUGGGUUUGUUGAUUUUUGCUUCAUAUUUGAUUGUGAGUUUGGAUUUCGCGGUCUGACUAGGAAUGAUGUCUGUCAUAUGCCAGAGCCUUGAUUUUGGAAGGUAUGUUUUGGAUCAUGUUGCUUGUGGCUGUUCUUCCAAUACUCCAUUGGAUCGAUGUGCGGUGAGGAGUUAUGUUAAACCGUGUUCUAAGGGUAGAAAGACGCGACACCAAACUCGAACUUUGAUUUGUUCCCGACGAAAUAUUGGGCAGUGCAGAGUGUUUUCAACUACCCAACCGGAAACUGUAUUGAAUGGCAAUUCUCAACCAUUCUUGGAACUGAGGAAGGAGCCCAGAACCCCAAUCUCGUCGACAAAUUUGUUUGAAGUUGUAGCCGAUGAUCUCCAGAAGCUUAACCAAAAUCUUCUGUCUAUGGUUGGUGAGGAGAACCCAGCUUUGGUAUCUGCUGCUCAGCGGAUAUUUGGUGCUGGAGGGAAGAGGAUGAGACCAGCUCUAGUAUUCCUGGUGUCAAGAGCAACGGCCGGAUUAGUUGGGUUAGAGGAACUCACUGUGGAGCAUCGACGUUUGGCAGAGAUCAUUGAAAUGAUCCACACUGCAAGCUUGAUACACGACGAUGUAUUAGACGAUAGCGAUAUGAGAAGAGGGAAGGAAACCUUGCACCAAUUAUAUGGUACCAGAGUGGCAGUGCUAGCUGGAGAUUUCAUGUUUGCACAGUCAUCAUGGUGUCUUGCUAACCUCGAAAAUCUCGAAGUCAUUAAGCUUAUCAGUCAGGUUAUUAAAGAUUUUGCAAGUGGUGAAAUAAAGCAGGCAUCAAGCCUGUUUGAUUGUGAAGUUGAACUUGAAGAGUAUCUGACCAAAAGCUAUUAUAAAACAGCCUCCUUGAUUGCUGCUAGCACGAAAGGUGCCGCGAUCUUUAGCGGGGUUGACCGUGAUACUACUGAGAAGAUGUACGAGUAUGGAAGGAAUCUCGGUCUUUCGUUCCAAAUUGUCGACGACAUUUUGGAUUUUACACAAUCGACAAAGCAGCUCGGAAAGCCAGCAGGAAGUGAUCUGGUUAAAGGAAAUCUUACAGCUCCAGUUAUUUUUGCUCUUGAGAGAGAGCCUAAACUGAAAGAAAUUAUCGAAACCGAAUUCAGUGAGACUGGGUCGCUAGAAGAAGCGAUUGAAUUAGUCAAGAGCAGGGGUGGCAUUGAAAGAGCACAGGAAUUGGCUAAACAGAAGGCAGAUCUUGCUAUCCAAAACCUACAAUGCCUUCCAGAAGGCGUGUUUCGGUUCGCGCUCGAGGAUAUGGUGACGUUUAAUCUAGAACGGAUCGAUUAGUUUAGUUAAAAGGAAAAUAUAGUUGGAAUUUGCCAAAGACAGAAGGUGGUAUGUUACAGGGUCGGUUGGGUUGUAUAUUGGUUGAACAUGUUGAGCUGCAAAUAAUUGCUCAUAGUAUUAUAUUUAGCUAUAGAUUUCUUGCAAAUUGUCUGACAAGGAAUAUCUGUUUCUUAUGUACACUAAAUUCUAAUAAAAUUAUACACUUUCGCUCAC